AUGCGUGUCUCGCAAUUCUUCGUCGCCGCCAGCCUGGCCAUCGCCGUCAGCGCUGGCAUCCCCGGCUCCGGCGACGGCUCGACCCCGACGUCUCUCGACCUCGUCUCCUCGCCGUCCUCGCUGCCGGUAGCUACCGCCGUCGGUGUCCACGGCAGCUCAGAGCAGCCCGCGUCCAGCAGCAAUGCCACCGUCGUCGCCUCGUCGCAUUCGCUCCAAUCGGCUGCUGGCGCAUCCAACCACUCCUCGACGCUCACUGCAGCGCAAUCAACAGCCAGUGCUGACGCGACCUCACACGCCAAUGCCACCAGCUCGAAACCUGCCGAUGCCACCGGCGGUGCCAUCCUGCCCCAAAUGCAGGGCUCCAUGGCCGGCCUCUUGGGCUUCUGCAUCAUGAGCCUCAUGCUGCUCUAG